AUGGCGUCACAGCGGCCGGAACCUCUAUCAGAUGACUUCUUAUUCUCGAUGUCGUCGAGCACAGAGAAUAGAUUAUCGUACGCGUCUAGUCCAGAGAGCGAUUUGGAAGUGAGCCCACCAGCGCCGAGGCUCGUGAAGUCUUCAUCUGAUCCAUCAAUAGCCACCACGCAAGACAAUAUGGAUCGUGAUGAAGAGAUGAACCAUAUGGCCGACGCUGUCCCACCACCAUAUACGCAAAGCGGAUACGACAGCAAAUAUGGAUUUUCAUCCAACACAAAUGGUCCUUCGAGCAACGGCGCCAGUCACAACCCCCACUUGCCUCCAGCCAAUGAAGUACCGCCGUACCAGUGUAACCCUAUGUCACAGUCUCCACCUCACUCGCCCUUGUAUGGAACAGUACCAGAAUUGCCACCUCGUACUGCAAACCAGCAGCCAGUGACUCGCCCAGCUGGUGGAGUACUCCUGCCCGCACCACCACCUGGCAGACCUCCACAUUCACUUCGACAUAAUCCAACUAGCCGUCCAAGUGCGCAAGAGCGUCUCUUCGGACCUCCAAAGGACGGCAGCGGUGAAGAAAGUGGGACUUACUCAGCGCGCCCGACUAGCAUGGUCAUACAGCCCACGCAGCAGGGCUCACUGGAUAGACACAGGCAACAGACGUCCUACGACGGCACUUCUUAUGACUACGGCAGUAGCAACCAGCACAAUAGUAUGGGUUCCUCUCGCCUACCGCCGAACGCUCCGGACGAUCUCAAAGUUGCGCCUUCCAUUAAAAUGGAGCCACCACCACCGCCGAACCCCACAGCAAUGUCCACACAAAGUCCGCAACGCAACUCCAACUCGCUAGAACACAAUCCACUGGACUAUAGACCACCAGAUAAUACGUACAGUAGGGGUCCGAAUAUUAACGGUGACAACUAUCGGCGCGCGAUGCCGAACGGUGUGCAAAUUGCGCCGGCGCACGCGCGCGGUCCUUCACUGCCUAACGUCACCACUAACGAUCAUAACAAGUACAGCGCAAGAACCAACUCAGUUUCCCAAGCGGACUAUGGGCGAGCGCCGCCCUAUAAACCUGUUCCACCGCCAAAGCCCAAACACUACCGUCCACCAGAUAAUCAUCCUCCCAGAAAUGGGAACAUGGAUCAAAACCCAAUGGUCGGUAUGAUGAGUCCUCCUCGAGCCCCUGGCCCCGGGCCAAUGGGUGGUCCCGGUCCCAUGGGCCCCCCGCCUCACUAUUCUCACUCGCAUUCCCAUUCGCAGCCAGUGCAUCAACCUCCGCAUCCGCACCCACACAACAACUACCAACAGGGUAUGUAUGGUCAGAUGAGCCACCAGCCCCAAUCUCCUCCUUACUCCGGACCACCGUCACACCAUCGAGCUAUCAACUUACCGCAUAAUCCACACCUUAUUGACUUAGCCGGGAGUCGAGAGCAACGAGGUUCUGCCUUCGAGCUUUAUAGAAAGCCCCAACACAUGCACAAUCUAAGCUCAUCCGACGCCAUGAACUCCAGUGCAGAGCCCGACGAAACAUUCUCACCUAAAACUAAAAAGAAAUUAUCCAAAAAACCAUCGUUCAUUAAGAACGCCGUCCUCGAUUUAUUCCGCUCGAAAAGCAAACAAAAAGUGUCUCGACAGAAGUCAUUGUGCGAAAGUGACUUGCAACAGAAGCACGGCCAAGUGCCCAUGUUGCGACGAGAGAAAUCCGACCUAAGCGACCUUUCGAUUCACAUGAGGAACACGCAGAUAAGAAACCAAAUGUUACAGAGAAGUAAUUCGUCCUCUUGUGAAAAACCUGUUUUAAAACCGAUACUUAAAAGGCAAAGUUCAUUCUGCGACGACAGAAAUGGAUCCAUUUGUACAGUUAGAGAUUACGAAGCCAAACCUGUCGUGAAGAGUCUUCGCAGACAGAAUUCUAUGUGCGAAAUAGAAACUGAACCUAAAGUUACCCCAUUGUUACGUAGACAAAACUCUCUCAUAGAAUAUAAUAGGAGAGGCAUUUACGGACAAACACACAGCUUUAAUAUGAUUACCAAAAUAGACCCGAUUUACCAAAGACAGCAACAAAAUAAGCAUGAACCAUUUUACCCGACGCAACCACUACCUCCAGAACCAAUAUACCAAAGCAAGGAUCAUUUGAUUUACGAUCCUAUUCCUAAGCCAAAACGAACUUACUCUUCCAUUUAUGAUACUUCUAGUGAGAACCCCUACGCUAGUAGAUCUGAAGUGUCUAAUCACAGUUACGAGAAUCCAUAUGGAAACCGCGAAACUGUGGCGUUGCCCUUAAUAGAACCCUACGCAACAAGAGCCGAGUGUAUAAGAGAAAAUCCAUACGCGACUAGAAGCGAAGUUAUGGAAAAUCUGUACGCCAUGAAACAAGACAUCCCAAGGAAACCUGAUUCGCUUUGUAAUGAAUCCCCGUACUCUAGUAAAGAGCAAAUGUUAAGGCAGAGAAUGGCUACCGAAAGUCCUUAUGCUACAAAAGAAGACAUGCUCAGGCAGAGGUUUUCGGAGUCGCCUUAUAACACCCGAGAGGAAAUGCUGAGGCAAAGAUCAGAAAGUUCUUUCACAAGUAAAGAACCAAUUUACGGCAAGAGAACAUAUGAACCACCGCCUAGCACGUCUUGGUCUGAAAAUCCGUACGCUAUUAGACCGGAUCGAAGAUUACACACACCUGUCACUUAUCCCGGACGUUCCUCACCUUUAAGUAAGUGUAUGAGUGAACCUCCAUAUAUAAGUAGAACAGAAAUGCUGGCAAGAAUAGGUCCACCGCCUGAAUCGCCAUAUGCCAUACGAUAUGAGAUAAAAUCAAGUUUUUCGGAUUCAAACUAUGCAUCUAGGAAUGAGCUAUUUGAUACAACACCACAAGUGAGACCAGCGUCAGCUGAAUGCACCUAUGUAUCGAAACAAGAGAUUUUAUCUCAAAAGGCCGCCUUACUAGCAAAUAAGGAAUCGACGUAUAGUUUUAAGUUGGAAGAAAAACUAGAAAGCAUAAAGCAAAGAAAUCAAGCUAAAAAAGAAAAGAUAUAUCAGACUAGAUUAGAAGCUAACGAUAGCGACUCUGUUAAAGGACGAGAACCAUUAUAUGUAUCAAAACGUGAUCUAAAGGAUAGCGUAAUAUAUGAAUCAACACAAGAAACAAAAGAAAAUCAACCGGCACACGACCAAGAUAGUCUCAGGAGCAGCCCAUAUGAAUUGGGUGAUGCAAAUCACUUAUCAAGACGAGAACCGGUAUACCAGACAAAAUUGGAAGCAGUUAAUGGUGAGACUGAAACGUUUCAAGAAAUAGAUUUCUCUAAAUUGUAUCUCACCGAAUCUAAAACGGAUUCCGAAAAAGAAAAAACAAAAAGUUUAGAAGCAUCUAUACUAAAAGGAGAAGCGAUGUACGCCCCUAGAUUGCAUGGAAAAGCGGGACAUAUUUCCAAUGCCCUGAAAAUUACUACUUCUCCGGUUCCGUACGAAUCGACGACGUCCAUGGAGACUCAAUAUGCUUCAGAAUGUAGCAUGAAUUUUGAAAAUAAGCCACAGAGCACACCUUACGCGUCACAAGAUCUACAAGAUCGCCAAAAACCGAGCAGAUCUGUUACGUUCUGCGAGAAAAUCGUAGAAAAAAGUCCGGAAAACAGUCAAGACACAUCCGAAAAUACAUCAAAUAGUAGAAACGAUACAACCGUAAUGAGCAAUGAUAAUACUAUAGUUAAAAUAACUUCGGAAUCAGCUGCGGAUAAGUCUGAUGUUAUUGAACCAGACGCACCGCACACAACUUGGGGCAUCUUUGACAGCGAAGGCGGUGUUUUAGAAGACAGGCACUGGGGCGUGUCCCUUAUAAUCCCCCCGAAAGCGAUAGCUCCCGGGAUCAAGCAAAAGAUCUACUUUACGGUGUCAGAUCCGCGAUUGAGUCAGCGCGUCGGAGGACCACCCAUCGACAUGGAUAACGGUAAAGCUUUUGCUACGCACGCGACAUUGAGGAGAGGAGACGACGCGCGUGCUGCCUGCACCCAACGGUCAAAUCGUGAAGCGAUGCUGUCUCCACUAGUGAUGUGCGGGCCUCAAGGCCUCGUAUUCUUACGACCUGUGACGCUCCGCCUGCCGCACUGCGCGAACGCCAUCCCAUCUCUAGGCCUGACAAUCAAAGCUACGGACACGGAGGCCCAUCUUAGUACUGACUGGGACAAUAUUCACUUGCCCGCCACAACUACGCUAAAUACAGUUGCUGUUAAAGUCGACCAUUUCUGA